CCACCAUUGUCAUACUAUCACAGUGAGUUGUGUUAAGCUCAAGAAAUGCCUCUUCCUCUUUUACAAAUCACUUUUGUGUCUCCCCUGCAUCAAUCCACACUUCACAAUCUCAAUCCCUCAACUACCUUACCCAAAACCCUUUUCCCUGAACCUUCUAUUGCCCUUAGAAGAUUCAUCUUUUCCACUAAAACUUCACUUUGUACCAGAAGAAACAAGAGCACACCUACCUAUGCUUCUUUGCUUGAGGCUCCUAUUUUAUGGGCUGGUAGGCUCUGCAUCUUCUAUGCCCUCCUCAAAGUUGGAUUGGCUGGAUCUCAAGCUAACCCACUUGUCUCAGGUUUACAUUUCUCAUUGCUUGCUUUAGAUUUGGAUAUUGGUGACAGCAGUGAAUCUGGUGACUUGGGGUUCUCUAAAUGGACACAGAGCAUACUAGGAAAACCAGCAAAGGGAGGAGCUAAUGGAGGGAUAAAUGUGAGCAAAUGGCAUCCCACAAGAAAGGGUACACUUAGAAGGAACUAUAGAGUCCGAUCCAAGUCUGAGGGGCAACGAGUUCUUAAAGCCAUUGCAUAUCUAUUAUCAGAUGAUGAUCACUUUGUCGAUGCUGCCUCUCACAAAGGUUGCCAAAUCCGGAGGGAAAGUGCUCAUGGAGAAAGUGUAUGUUGCAACAAUGUGAGAGCUCUUUUUGAUGAGCUUCCAACUCCACAUCUCGUUGUGGAAAUCACACCUUUUCCUUCUGGACAGCUAACUGACAAGGAUUACACUAAAGCUGAGAAGCUUGAGAGGGUUCUCAGAUCUAGCCCUUCUGUUUGAGCCCUUGUUGGUGUUUAACGCUUUCAUGUAUAUAUUCUUUGUUAGCUUGUAAAUAUUGGUAUGAUGAACAGAAAUUUGCAUCUCUUCAACUCUCACGAACCAACUCUCACGAAAGUUUAAGCAAUUUGGUGUAGUCACGCGAACGGUUAUUUAAGUAUAUUUCUAACAUCAAAUUUUUAACAUUUUACGGUUUCAGUUGAA